GCUGUGUCAACAUUGUCAACUGUCAAGAAAGUCAAAUCAAAAAUUUUCACCAGCGGCGGGCAGACAUUUUAAUGAUUUCCACAUUUUGCAAUACACAAAGUUGGGAGAAUUUCGUUGCUUGAAAGAUUGUUAUUUUUGUUAUCAUAGAUCUGGUGUGUUAAUUAUUUUUUACUUUCCUAAAUUUCGAAAUGGAGGUUACAGAUGAGAAUUUAGCGACGUUGGCCAACUAUUUGCAGCAAACAUUGAAUCCUGAUCCUAACAUCAGAAGGCCGGCUGAAAAGUUCCUCGAGGGAAUAGAGUUGAACCAGAACUAUGCAGUUCUUCUUCUUCAUCUCAUCGAGAAGGAAGCGGUCGAUAUGACCAUAAGGAUCGCUGCUGCUAUUGCCUUCAAGAACUUUGUCAAGCGGAACUGGGCUGUGGAUGAAGAUGGCACAGAUCACAUUCACCAAUCGGACAGGGAUACAAUCAAGACCCUCAUUGUGUCCCUGAUGCUGAAGGCACCCGAGGCCAUCCAGAGACAGUUCAGCGAUGCGGUGUCCAUCAUUGGGAAGUGUGACUUUCCAGACAAAUGGCCCGGUCUGAUACCGGAGAUGGUGGAGAAGUUUGCCACAGGAGAUUUCCACGUGAUCAACGGUAUACUCCGCACUGCUCACUCGCUGUUCAAACGUUACCGCUACGAGUUCAAGUCCCAGAAGCUCUGGUUGGAGAUCAAACAUGUGCUCGAGAACUUCGCCAAACCCCUCACCGAUUUGUUUGUGGCAACACUAGAUCUAGCUAACAAGCACGCAGACAACCCGCAAGCUCUGAAGGUCAUCUACGGAUCCCUGGUACUCAUCUGCAAAGUGUUCCACUCGCUCAACUACCAAGAUCUGCCGGAGUUCUUCGAAGACAACAUGCCUAUUUGGAUGCCAAACUUGCUCAAUUUGCUCCAAGUCAAAGUGCCGUGCUUGGAGACUGAUGCAGACGACGACAAACCUGGCAUACUGGAACAACUCCGCACUGAAGUGUGCGAGUGCGCAGCUUUGUACGCGCUCAAGUACGAGGAGGAGUUCGCGCCGCACGCGCCGCCGUUCGUCACGGCCAUAUGGACCGUGCUGCUGUCUACCGGACCUCAACCGAAGUAUGAUGCGCUUGUGUCAAACGCGUUGACUUUCCUGGCCAAAAUUGCUGAGAAGAACAGCUAUAAGCACCUGUUCGAAGACCCCGGGACCCUGAGCAGUAUUUGUGAGAAGGUCGUCAUACCUAACUUGGAGUUUAGAGAAUCAGACAUGGAACUGUUCGAAGACAACCCCGAAGAGUAUGUUCGUCGUGACAUUGAGGGCUCUGAUGUCGACACGAGAAGGCGGGCGACGUGCGACCUCGUGAAGACUCUCUCCUUGCAUUAUGAGGAGAAAAUGAUGAAUAUAUUCGGCCAGUAUGUUCAGCUGAUGCUUACGAAAUACACCGAAUCAGGGUCCACCGCGUGGCGCGGUAAAGACGCGGCAAUGUAUCUCGUGACGUCAUUGGCUUCACGAGGCUCCACUCAAGCGGCGGGGGUCACACGGGCCUCCCCAUUGGUGGAUCUAGCUCAGUUCGCGACCAAUCACGUGAUACCUGAGCUGCAGAGACCCGAUGUGAAUGAGCUGCCAGUACUUAAAGCGGACGCCAUCAAGUAUAUAAUGACCUUCCGCUCUCUGCUGCCUAAAGAUCUGCUUCUCACAGCUCUGCCUCUAAUUAUUCAACACAUAAACGGCAAAGGCGUGGUCCGCACGUAUGCCGCGUGCGCAGCGGAGAAGCUGGUGGCCGGCGCCAUGGUCACCCGCGCCACGCUGGAGCCCCACGCGGGGGCGCUGCUCGCGGCGCUGUUCGCGGCGCUGGGGGACGCCGGCAACGCCGCCGACCACAACGAGUACGUCAUGAAGGCCAUUCUACGCACGCUGUCCUGCCUGCAAGACUCUGGCUUGCCGUACCUGGGCGGGGCGCUGCCGCAGCUGGCGCAGAUGCUCUCCGUGGUGGCGAAGAAUCCCUCGAAGCCCCACUUCAACCAUUACCUGUUCGAAACUCUGUCCUUGUCUGUCAUGCUGGUGACAAAAUCCAAUGCAAAUGCAAUCUCUGCAUUUGAGGACGCCCUGUUCCCGAUAUUCCAGGAUAUACUGCAGAAUGAUGUGCAAGAAUUCAUGCCAUACGUGUUCCAAAUGCUGUCCCUCCUGCUGGAGAUACGCGGCAUGAUGAACACGCCCCCCGCCGCCGACGACGCGUACAGUGCCUUGCUGCCGUGCCUGGUCGCGCCAGCUCUGUGGCACCGACCCGCCAAUAUCAGGCCUUUGGUCAGACUGCUCUGCGCGUUUUUGACCGCAAGGGCCGAAGUUGUGUUACAAUCUGGGAAAUUGAACGCUAUGCUCGGAGUGUUUCAGAAACUGAUAGCCUCGAAGACGAAUGACCACGAGGGAUUUUACCUAGUUCAGACUAUGCUGUUCGCUUUUCCCGAAUCAGUUAUGCAGCCGUACACAAAGCAGAUCAUAACUCUUCUAUUCCAACGGCUGUCGUCGUCAAAGACGACCAAGUACGUGCGCGGGCUCAUUGCCUUCCUCGGCUUUUACGCGGCUCACUUCGGCGCCGAUCAGCUGAUCGAGCUGAUAGAAUCUGUGCAGGCUAACAUGUUCGCCCUGUACGUGGAGCGGGUGCUGGUGCCGGAUCUGCAGCGCGUGAGCGGCUCGCUGGAGCGCAAGGCGGCGGCCGUGGGCUGCGCCAAGCUGCUCUGCGAGUCCACCAGGUUCAGGCAGCCGCCGCUGUCGCAACUCUGGCCGAGUGUUAUGCAGGCUCUGAUCUCCCUGUUCGAGCUGCCCACUGACGAGACGGCGCUGCCUGACGACCACUUCGUGGAGGUGGACGACGCGCCCGGCUACCAGGCGCAGUACUCGCAGCUCGCCUGCGCCAAGGGGCUGGAGAACGACCCGCUGGCCGGCGUCAGCGACCCAAAGCGUUACCUGGCCGAGAGCCUCGGUAACUUGUCCAAAUCGAACCCCGGGGUGCUCCCAGGGCUCGUGACCGCCAUCCCCGAGCCCCACCGCGCGGCCCUCCAAGGGUACCUCGCGAACUACAGCGUCCAGAUCUGUUGACAGGAUCGACAGGAGCUCGCCGCCUGGAUCGGCGAUUUCUCCUUGUACACCGGCCUUAAUUAAACUAUUACGGCCUUUAUUGAACUAUACGGACUGUGGUGAACUUUAACAUUGAACUAUGCGGACUUAGUGGACUGUGAAUAGUGUGUGAACUUGUGUUUGAGUGUAUUCUGGAUGUGGAACUCGAAAUAUGGUUGAAAACAAUAAAAUAAUGUUUGAGAUCUACGUAACUGCUAUUAUCAUGUUGUGUAUGUCACCUUGCGACUAAAACUAUCAUUGUACAACAGCCUCGAUUUAACUUUUAGGGCUUUUAUUGAACUAUAUGGUUCAGAACAACAAAUUGUCAUGACAUCAUAUGUUAAUCAAAAAUACUAAAUAAAAAUAAUCAUCUGUGUGUUAGACUGUUUUUGUGUUAAUAUCAAUUAAGUAGAAAUUUGGGAUUAAAUUUCAAUUGUUAUUGUGAAUAAAUUUAAAAUGUUACUUUAUCAUUUAAAGCUAAUUUUUUUUGUAAGACUACCUGAAUUGGCUGACUGGCUCGUUGAUUUCUCCCUUUACACUGGCCUUAAUUUAACAAUUAAGUUGAUAAAGUGUUUCAAUGGACUAUAAAAAGCUGUCAUUGUAGGCUAAAUAUAUUAACAUUAUUAAACAAUCAUCUUGUGUAGCUUAAUCAAAUUGUUAUCCUAAUAUUAACUUUAAGGAAUUAGACUAUUAAAUAGUUUCUGUUCAUUUUUUCUUUUAGAAUAGUAAUAAAAAUAUGUGUCAUUCAUAGAGUGCAUUUUUGGGUUCCAUCAUGGUGAAAUAACUGAAUUAUUGGUAAGAAUUCCAUAUCCGAUUCUUAAAUUAAUGUAGUUUUAGGAAACUACUAUGUAUGGGAAUAUUAUGUAUAAUCAUUGAAUUAUUAUAGUCUCAUUAUCAAUUUAACAUAAGUGUACUUAGGUAAUAAUUGUUAAAUAAUAAUCCAAAAUAAAUGUUUCUCGGAAUAUUUGUGCAAAAAAUUCAUUCUGGUGCAGUAGAGUAAAGUAAUUCUUCAUAAUUACAAUUUAAUAUAGGUAACAUUUGUAAUUGGUGUCCAUUUUGAAUAUAUUAUACACAAAGAAUAUAGUAGCAAAGAUUUGUUAAUAAUUUUGAGUCAGUGGAAAAAGUUCAUAUUUAUUUUUCGCGGAUCACGAGUAGUUGAAUGAUUAAUAAGGUAAGCUCACUAAUGCCUUAUAAAUGUAGGAUAUGGCUUAAGAUCUUUGCAAGGUAAGAAAGCCUUUAGGCUAAUGUAAGAGAAAUAUCUCUUAUAAUGUGAUGCUUUUUGGGCCAGAAAUCGUCUGUAAGUGUUGAGAUUGCAUUUUGAUUAGAAAAAGCUGUUUUGUUGAUUUGAAUAAUUUGUUGUGAUGUAAAUUAUCAUAUCCGUGGACAAUAUAGAUUAGUUAAGUGUAUAUUCUACUUACUUCAGCAGUUUUGAAAUUAAACCAGUUCUAGGCACGUAAGUUGACCUAUUAUAAUUUACAGGUGAAAAUGGAGCUGGGAAAUAGGAGGCGUACGAUUUCCCUGGGUAGUUACGAUUUAUAUCCUGGUAAUGAAAUGCUGAUUCAUAUUGUAUGAACUUUAAUUCCAAUGUAUUUAAGAUUAGUGUUACUAAUUCGUUGUGCAUGGUAAACCAUGAAUUUUUGUUUAUAAAACUAGUGUUACUCAAAUGUUAAGUGUUACUUAAGAAUUGAGCCAGUCUAACUUCGUCUUGUCAUAGACAAACUAUGAAUGUAAUCGGUUCCUUCGUUCUAGUCUCUGGUUAUGAGACAGGCGUCACUGAAUGUAUGUAAUAAAUUUGAAUAAAUGUUUCAUUCAUUCAA